AUGGGGCGGCGGCGAGGUCUCUCUGCGUCUCUCUGCCUCUGGCUGUCAGGGUCUACGGGCUCGCCCACCUUGAAGCUGCGAUUGCCGGCCUGCUCUCCUGCGCCGGCGAGGUGCUGCGAGGCUCUCCUUCACUGCUGGGGCUUCGCCUUGGCCGGCAACUUCCUGCAGCGUUACCACACAACCUCGACAGCUCGCCAGCAGCAUCGUCACUGCACCGUCACCGCAUCGUCACUGCAUCGUCAUCGAUCUACUCUCUCAGACAGAAUCACCCACGGCAGCAUGGACGGCGUUAACCUCGUUCAGCGUGUAUCGAUGUCACUACGAGCUGGCACAGCGCUGGGGCGGCGUGAUGCCCAGUCACACACAGAGCAAGAAGAGUAUCUUACCUAUGCUGUCUUCAUGGCUGACUUCAUCCCCUUUCUAGCAGUAGCAAUAUACAUCUUGCUAGCUGUAGUCAUUGGCUGGAAAUAUCUUGGUAUAGACGUGGAGGCAUACGGGGGAUGCUAUGAACUGGAGGAGCUUGAACAAGGAGACGAUGGGGGCUCUCGGGGGGAGGAGGAGGAGGAGGAUGACAACGAUAAUGAAGGUAUAUUCCUAUUACAUUAUAUACAGAGUGGGCAAGCGCCUCAGCAGCAAGAAAGGGACCAGGCGGAACCGGUACACAAACCACCACUUGACGAUAGUCGCCACUCCCUAGACAACAUAAUUACCACGACUCCAAAUGGCAUUUCUAAAUACUUCCAUCCUACCUCUGGGAGACUGAGAGAUGAUAUCGUGCAUCCUACUCAAACAAGGCUGGAUAGGAUGCUUGGUGACGACGAGGAUGAAGGGCAUGGAAGCAUUGCUUGGUAUAAAGCGCUCCAAAGAUUUUCAGACAAGUUCAUUCUGAAAGCCCAGGCAUGGCUUGAUAAAGACGAAGCAAAUAUUGACAGAGUCGAACAUAGGGAGACGUCAAAGGUGUGUGGGGAGAGCAACCGCGUAGUCCGGCAGAUCCUACGCGAACGGCGGGAAGAGGGGGGAUAUAAAGAUGCAGAGGACAAUCUGCACUGA